GACAUAUUAAUGUUCAGUUAGGCUUCAAGGCCCUAAGGCAACCAUCUGCGGAGAUUUCUCCACGUCCAUCGCGUCUUUGGCCUCGACGUGAUUGCGACUCAGCUCAGAUAAGAUGAUGUGAAUGUCGCAAGCUGUUGGGCCUGCUUCAACCCCCUUUUGAAUUCCCAAGAUGCCGUAGCCUAGGAUUCACCCACACAUCUUCUACACCAUGCGUGCUUGUCGCUCGUGUGAAAGAGUGUUGCCCACCUUCAGAACCCGGCCUCUCUAUCGAUUGCGCCGACCUCCCUAUUCCCCUCUAUCCGGUUCGCAUUCUGUUCGACCUUACUCCGACCUUCCAUCCACACAAAAUGAUACCCAAACACCCAAGUCGCUUUCCGUCCCCACCACCCCUCGAUAUAAUCCGAUAGGCGUCGAACAACUCUCCUCCCACCUCCACUCCCAGCUGUUUCCCACCCCGUCGUCCCCACCGUCCGAAGAACUAGUCGAAAUCUCCAAAGCGCAUCUACGCGCCCACGAUCUACUGGGGAAAAACGUCAAAGAUGCCGACGCCCGCCCCAUUUCCUGCGAUCUCCCUCCCCUGCAUGGCGCCUCCGUGGACGAGCACUUCUACAAGUUGGGGAUGGAUGCCGCGGAACCCUACCUGAGCAUUUCGCAGAAAUUCGCACGCGCAAAUGCGCCCCCGAAGCCGCGGAAAUGGGCCCGGCGAUCCGGAUGGACGAAGUACCUUCCGGACGGCAGUUGGGAGCCAGUCGAUGCUCCGGAAGGCGAUGCGAUUGUUUUUGAUACCGAGGUGAUGUGGAAGGAGUCGAAGUUUGCGUGUUUGGCCGUGGCAGCCUCGCGCUCCGCGUGGUUUGGCUGGAUGUCACCCUGGCUGUUAAAGGAGAGCGAAUCUGAUCAGCAUCUCAUCCCGCUGGGGGAUACCAGUGUGCCUCGAAUCAUCGUUGGACACAACAUCGGUUACGACCGUGCCAGGACCUUGGAAGAAUACAGUUUACAGCAGUCCAGUAAUUUCUUCAUAGACACCAUGAGCCUGCAUGUUGCUGUCAAUGGGAUGUGCUCCAGGCAACGACCGACCUGGAUGAAGCAUCGCAAGGAUCGAGAACUCCGGGAUAAGAUGGCGGAAUCAGAUGAUGCGUCGGAUCUAUCCGUAAUGAUUGAGUCUGGCAUGAGUCAAGAGGAGGAAGAGCUUUGGGUAGGAAGAAGCUCAAUGAACUCACUCCGAGAGGUUGCUCAGUUCCAUUGUGGGAUCGCUGUGGACAAGUCCAGGCGAGAGUAUUUCGGCGAACUGGACAGGGAUGGCGUCCUCGAACGACUUGACGAACUCAUGGAUUACUGCGCUGCAGAUGUCGAAGUCACUCAUAUGGUGUACAGGAAAGUCUUUCCCAGCUUCCUUGAAACGUGCCCGCAUCCGGUCAGCUUUGCAGCUCUGCGCCACCUCUCCACGGAGAUUUUACCAGUUAACAAGAGUUGGGAGACAUACAUCGCCAAAGCCGAUGAAAAGUACAGGGAGCUCUCUGGAGCUGUCACCGACAGGUUGCGAAAGCUGGCGCAACGGGCGGUGAACAUGAGAAAAAGGCCCACAGCUUAUGAGUCGGAUCCUUGGCUUUCACAGCUUGACUGGUCCGGCCAAGAGAUCAAGUAUUGCAAACCGAAAAAGGCGGGUGAAACGCCGCGACCAAUGGCGAGACAAAAGGCUCCCGGUAUGCCCAAGUGGUAUAAAGAUUUACUACCGACGUCAGCCGCUACAGAGCCAGUCCUGACGGUCCGGACGCGUGUCGCUGCUCUCCUACUCCGGUUAUCCUGGGAUGGAUUUCCGCUCGUGUGGAGCGAUAAAUUCGGCUUCGUCUACAAGGUGCCAUAUGAGAAAGCGGCGCACCACGCGGAAAACGGGGCAACCGAAUGCAACAUGGUAGAAGAUGAGAAUAUCUCUCUACAAGACGACGUGGAGCAUAGAUACUUCAAGUUGCCCCAUAAAGAUGGUCCAAGUGCGCGGUGCGCGAAUCCUCUAGCAAAAGGAUAUCUCCCAUACUUCGAGAGUGGGAGGCUGAGUAGCGAAUAUUCAUACGCUAAAGCCGCGCUGGAGAUGAAUGCGAGCUGCAGUUACUGGAUCAGUGCAAGAGACCGCAUCAUGUCCCAGAUGGUGGUCUAUCUAUCGUCACUCGACGAGAACCCCAAAUCCAAGCGAAAGCGGAGCAAAUCCACCACGACUCGACGAAAGAAGGUCGACCCGAACGACAUUGGUAUCAUCCUUCCACAAUUGAUUCCGAUGGGGACCAUCACCCGACGAUCCGUUGAGAACACCUGGCUCACGGCUUCCAACGCGAAGAAGAACCGCGUCGGGUCCGAACUCAAGUCCUGCGUCGUCGCUCCACCAGGAUAUGCCUUCGUCGGCGCCGACGUUGACAGUGAAGAGCUAUGGAUCGCCUCGCUGCUUGGAGAUGCGCAAUUCGGCUUGCAUGGCGGCGGCGCGUUGGGCUUCAUGACCCUCGAAGGCGAGAAGAAAGCAGGGACGGACCUCCACUCGCGCACGGCAUCGAUUCUUGGAAUCAGUCGGAACGAUGCGAAGGUCUUCAAUUACGGCCGCAUCUAUGGUGCCGGCGUGAAGUUCGCAUCCACCCUUCUCCGUCAAUUCAGCCCGUCGAUCGCCGAGUCCGAGGCAAUCGGAACGUCGCAAGCCCUGUACACGCAAACGAAAGGCAAGCGCACGAUGCGUCGCGCAUUGCAUGACCGGUCCUUUUGGCGCGGCGGCUCCGAGUCGCUAGUUUUCAACACGCUGGAAGACUUCGCCGAGUUGACGCGACCACGCACCCCCGUCCUCGGCGCCGGGAUCACCGAGGCGCUCCACAAGCGGUUCAUCUCCAAAGGCGCCUACCUGACCUCCCGCGUCAACUGGGCGAUCCAGAGCUCCGGCGUGGACUAUCUGCACCUGCUGAUCGUCGCCAUGGACUAUCUGAUCCGCAAAUUCCUCAUCGACGCGCGGCUGUCGCUCACGGUGCACGACGAGAUUCGAUACCUGGUCGCAGAAAAAGACAAGUAUCGCACCGCGAUGGCGCUGCAGGUCGCCAACAUCUGGACACGUGCUUUGUUUGCCGAGCGCGUGGGGAUCAUGGACCUCCCGGCUGGAGUGGCCUUCUUCAGUGCUGUGGACGUCGAUCACGUGCUGAGGAAAGAAGUCGAUAUGGACUGCGUCACCCCUAGCCAGCCGAAUCCCAUACCCGCGGGAGAGUCGCUGGAUAUUGACCAGCUCCUUGAUUUGGGCGAAGUAGCCAUGCUGCAGCCUCCCUCAGCAGAGGUACGCAGCGCCGAAACCCGCGCCACAAUGCAACCUCCCAACCCCGACCGCUUCCCCUACGAACCGACCGCCCCCGUCAUGCGUGAGCUGGCCUCGCAGAAAUCCACCGCCGUCCGCCUCGCCUACCUCCGCGCCCAGGUCUGCGAGUCCGACACCGAGCUGCGCCAGAUCUUACAAGAGCUGCGCCUCGCCGAGAAAGACUCAAGUCGACACCCAUCGUUGGCGUCCGACGAGUUCUCGGCCGUCGAUCCGCAGAAUUUAAAGCAGGGGAAGACGGCGAAACCGCGGAAGAGGGCGAAUAAGAGCGGGCGGAACGCUGGCGCCGCUCGUAGUGUCGGUGAGAGCGACGGGAAGGGGUAUAGCAAUUAUGUGCAGAGCGCGACGCUGGUUCCGGUGGAUUUGCCCGAGUCGAUGGGCGUGCAGGGACAUGUGCACAACGGGUUUGCCGGAUGGCGAGGGUAUGGGCACAAUGGCGUUCAUGUGCGGUGAUGGUGCUACUGUUGCGUUGCUGUCGCGCAUUUCCCGGAGUUCCGGAUGUUGGAUGGGGAGUCUCCGCGGGACGGUUCGGGCAUAUUGUGUGGAUCUUUUUACAGGAUUGUGUGAUGUUCGAGGGAUAGUAGACGCCCUUGCAAACAGAUAUGAUUUAUAGUCGGCGUAAUCAUAGCCUAAUAGCUUAUUCUUGUGAUAUUCUUUUAUCUUCUCAGU